AUGGCAAUGAUAUGGCAAGUAGAAAUAUUAUUUGAACUUGACCUUAAUUCGUGGAAUAAUUAUCUUAACAUUUGUAUUUGUCCAGGAAAAAUCCUGGAGAGUUCAGUUAGAUAUUAUCACCUAGAAAAAUAAGAUCUUGUUCAAAAUGUUUAUUAAUUACUUGGGAACAUGUGGCUCAUGUUCAGCUGAAAAUAAAAUAGAAUACAUAGAGAAACAAUAUAGUCUGACCACUUCGAACGAUAUAAAUUGUAAAUUCAUUUGUAAAUGCAUUUUGUGAUGUUUCCUAAUAUCAUACAAGCAAAAAACCUAAUUAUUAUAUACUAAACUUUAUAUACUAAAAAUUAAUAUAUACUAAACAAAACUUGUAAAAAAUUUAGUUUUUAAAAGUUUAAUUCCAUUUCAUUUGCAUGUACGAAAAACAUGUUAUUGAUACCGGCACGAAUAAAAAUAAGAAAUAACAUAAAGUUAUAUUAGUUCAAAAUAAAUUGUUUUAACCGAUCGAUUGACAAAUUUGAAAUUGAAAUAAUUUGACGCAAUGAAUGUGACUAGUAGUGUAAUUGUCACAUGACCGUGAGUGGCAACACUGGCAUCGAAAUUUCCUAGAUAUUUCCUUCUGCGCUAGUGCAAAAUGAGAGAAAUCAGCAAUUUCAUAAUUAUCAUUAAAUCUUCGAUAAGCAACAAGAGGGAAAAAGUGUAAAAAAUAAUAUAUAUAAUAUAAAUAUAAAUAAAAUAAAUAUAUAUAUAUAUUUACUUUAGUAUUAUAGUCAUAUUAUUAAUGUAAGUCUUCUUAUCCUUACAACACAUCAGAAAACUCUUACAAAUAAACACUAACUUGAGAUGGUGGCAACGCUCAGACCAAAUCUCCCGUUAAAGAUUUUUCCAGUAAAAUGACCAUUAUAUAACCAUUAACAUGUGUACUUAUUAUUAACUUAUUAACAUAUAAACAUUAUUAUAUAUAUUGUAAUAGCGGUCAAUCCCUACUCCAGAUACUGGAAGGAAGUUUUAGUAUCGGGAUCUGGACUACCUUUCUCUUAUAAUUAAUCACAAGAUAAGAUGCUUAACUUGAGAUCAAAAGCGAUGCUUCAACUAUUGUUACAAUUGCAUAUUGAAUUUCUAUUUGAAUUUAAAUUCGAAACUGUAGUUUUAAAACUUUGACGUUGGAAGUUGAAAUUUUGAAUUCGAACAACGCGCGCUAGACCUCACAAGAAGACAAGAAGACGUCAUAAUAUAUUGAUCAUGUAUUUUGAGUCUGUUGUAGCGUUGUGCGAUUGUUUUGCUAACAUAACCUCGAACGUGAGGCAACUAAUGAUAACCACGUGUGCAACAUUUUCUUCUUGAGGGUGUAAUUAUAAUUGAAAUUGUGAAGAACAAAUUAUACAAGAUAAAAUCAAGAACAUGAGGAAAGACCAAGCAAAGACGAAACGAAAAUUUGUCAAAGAAAAUAUAAUCGCACAAGAUAAAAUCAAGAACAUGAGGAAAGACGAAGCAAAGACGAAAAGAAAAUCUGUCAAAGAAAAUUGGGAAAAUGACAUUAAUGAUGUUAGUAAUGAGAAUAACAAUGGAAAGCCAAGAUUAUCUGAAUGCGGAUUUUUCUGGGAUAACAACUGCGAUUCAAGUCUUAAGAACAAAGAAUCAUCUAGUAGUAGCGAAGAUGAAAUGGAAGAGAAACCAAAGCCAAAAAGAAAGAAAUUGAGUGCUAUUGAACGUCGAGAACAAGAGAGACAAAAAGAACGUGAAAUUCGGCAACGAGAGGAAGCAUUAGCCAGUAAUCAAUUACCAAAUUCUGUGGAUCAGUUUGAUAGAUUAGUUCUGGCUAGUCCAGACAGUUCAAUAAUAUGGUUACAGUAUAUGGCAUACCAUUUGCAGUCAACUGAAAUUGAGAAGGCAAGAGCAGUUGCAAAAAGAGCAACAAAAACGAUUAAUUUCAGAGAAGAGAAUGAAAGAUUAAACGUUUGGGAUGCAUGGUUGAAUUUAGAGUCUAAGUUUGGAACACCAGAGUCAUUGAAUGAUGUUUUUCAAGAGGCAGUGAGGACUAAUGAUUCAUUGAAAAUAUAUACUCAUAUGUUGACUGUUCAUCUUGAAGCUGGUAGACAGAUGGAAUUAGAGAAAAUUAUUAAUACCAUCAUUAAAAAGUUUAAGCAGAUUCCUGAAGUGUGGGUUAAUUGCGGAGAAGCAUUAUUAAAGAUAGGCUUGAAAGAUAAAUCAAGGCACAUUAUGCAGAGAGCAUUGCAAUCUUUGCCAGCAUCAGAACAUGUGAAUCUAAUAGCAAGGUUUGCAAUCAUGGAAAACAAACUUGGGGAUAAAGAAAGAGCACAAACUUUGUUCGAACAAAUUUUAAGCUCUUAUCCCAAACGAGUGGAUAUAUGGUCUUGCUAUGUUGAUUCUUUAGUUAAAUCUGACAAUAUUGAUAUAGCAAGGAAAGUCUUGGAAAGAGCUGUUGUUCAAACAUUACCGCCUAGAAAAAUGAAAACUCUAUUCAAAAAGUACAUUAAUUUCGAAGAACGGCAUGGUACUGAGGAAGAUGUCGCUCGUGUUCAACAGAUGGCCAUAGAAUAUGUUGAGAAGCAAUGUAACAAAGAUGUUUGAUCAUUUCGAGCAACAUAAAUUAAAUUAAGAGAACAAGAGCGGUAGCAACGGAUGGCAAAAACAAUUAAUUUUAGAAAGGAGAAUGAAAGUUCAGAAUGUGUGAUUGAAUUUAGAAACUAAGUUUGGAAUUCUAGAAUCAUUGAAUGAUAUUUUUCAAAAGGCGAUUAAUGAUUUACUGAAAAUACUCAUAUAUUUAUGCAGAGGCUGAUUGGCACAUGGAAUUAGAGAAAACUCAAUACCAUGAUUGGAAAGUGUAAGUUGAUUCUUGAAAUAUAAAUUAGUUGUAAAUAAAACCUUAAAAAUCGGCUCGAAAAUAAAUCAAGAAUAUGCAUAUUAUGUAGAGAACAUUGCAAUUCUCGUCAACAUCUGAAUGUAUGUGUACAAUAGAGACAAAAAAUUAUGAAAAUAUUAAUAGAAUGUAAAUUUGAAUUUAAUGGUAAGAUGCAAUUAUAGAAAACAAGUUUAUAGAAGCGAUAAAGAAAGACAGCGUAAGUUUCUACCCUAAGCGAGUGGACAUAUGGUAUUAUAUUGAUUUCUUAGUUAAAUUUAAUGACAAGAUAAAAAUAUCUUUUUAACUAUAGUUUUAAUUCAUAGAAUAAUAUAUAUUUACAUACCCCGCAGAGCUUCUGUUCAGAUAUUAUCAUUUUAAACGAAGAUUCUAUUUGAAUAGUAAUCUCAGAAACUAAGUAUGUCGCUUGUGUUUACGGUAAACGGCUGUAGAAUGGUAAGACGUAGUGAAGCAAUGUAACAAAUGACUUUGAUAGCUUCAAUUAUAAUUCAAUUAUAAAUACAUUUUGCCAUACAUUUUUUGACAUUUUGCGAGUGAAAACCUAGUUAUAAAAUUUGCAAAAAAUUCAAUUUCUUCGGAGUUUAUUUUCACUUCAUUUUCACGUACGUGAGAAUAUAUUAUCAGUACACCGAACAACGUAUAAAAAUGAGAAAUAGUUCAAAGAAAAGUUCCGAUCGAUCGACAAAGUUUGAAGUUGAAACAGUACGGCGCGGCAAGUGCGAUUGGUAGUUAUGUGUCGUCAUACAUAGUCGCGUGUGGCAGCACUGGCAUUGAAAUUUCGUUUCCCUAGGCAAACGAAACGGCAUUUUCCUUUGCGCUAGCGCAGAAUGCGGUAGCCGCGGAAGCGAUGACUGUCAACGCGGAAAUCGGCAACCUUGUAAUCGCCAUAUUGUUUGCACACACGUUGCGUUAGCGAAGUCGGUGGUGAUAAUCUCGUGGUGUCUCGAGUGUCCGAUAAGCUACGAGAGGGAAAGUGCGAAGAGAAAGGUAAAUAACUCGGCCAGGUAGCUCGUGGGCGGCUCGUACCGAAAAAAUCCGUGUCAAAGAUUCAUUCGGUGGAACGACCGUCAUGACGUGAUCAACAUACAUAUAAACUGUGUUGUAAAUCGAUCGUGUGUCUCGAGCCUCUCGAGUAGCCGUUGUGCGACUAUUUCCUCACCUCAGACACAUUGUAUCGAAAGUUCCGAGUAUUCGUCACGGUGUGACGUCACUUACAAUUCCGAGGGAUGGCCCGUGCUUUUCAGCAUCGCGACGCAUCACCUCCUCUCCCCUUUUUCUCUCCGUAAAUUUCCGCAAGGAACAGAAGCUCGAUCUCUCGCUGUCCGAUGCACGACGAUAUGAUCGCAGAUAACGCGAACGUGUUCACUACGUAACACUGACGUUUUCUAGUGAAAUCGUGUACACGUACUAUACACCUCCGGACGAAUUAAUCAAGUGAAAACUUGGUCCUCUUGUAUAAGGCUCGCACAGCCC